CUAGAAUAUUCCACUUGGUAUGAAUAUAAAUAAGGGUUGAGCGCUUUUCCAUUGACACAAAGAAGGCUUAAAAAUUGCAGAGAGAAAAUGGAGAGUGAGGCAAAAGCCGUUCAAUCUCUCAGUGUGGGGAGUGGAGAAAAGGGAGUGCUUGGGAAGGCAUAUUGCAAAUGUGGGGAAGGUUGGAAAUGCGAGAUCAAAAGAACUCAAGGCCCUGAUGCAGGGAAGACCUUUGUCAAUUGUGGCAACAACUGCGUCUGCAUAAUCGAAGGGACAGCCGAAGGAGCAGUCAAGUUGCAGCAAUUGGCCGGCGAGGGCGGCUUUGAAGGAGCCUCUUGCGAGUGUGGAGAAGGUUGGAGCUGCACCAUUUCCAAGAUUGAAGGCCCUCAAGACACCAAGUCCUUUGCUAAAUGUGCUGGUGAUUGUUCUUGCAUCACUGUUGCUUGAUCGUGUCUUUAUUCUCUCGUAUAUGUUUCAAACUAGACCGACUUUCUUCAUUUGGGUUUGUGUCUGUUUAAUUGUUGUUCAUGUAAACAUAUUCUCGUGUAUGAAAGUUAAUGACCGAAAAUAAGAUCUACUCGUAAAGACAUUUUUAGUAGUUCAAAA